AUGAAGUUUUCUGCUUGCGUUAGUUUGUUGUUGGCCUCCUCGGCCAUGGCGGAUCUCACUCGUGUGACCCUCCACAAAAAAUCCAACGAUGAAAUGAUCAACGCGCACUUGACUCGUGAACGUGAUGCCUUGAAGCAAGUUUUGCACCUAGAUCAAUCGCAGGGGUCUUCUGAAAGCCGUCAAUUGCGAGGAGAAGCGGAUUCCUUUCAAAAGGGAGAGUCCGAAUCCAUCAAGGAUUAUGCCAACGCUCAAUACUACGGCACCAUUUCCAUUGGAAGUCCUCCCCAAUCCUUCGAAGUCAUUUUUGACACUGGAUCUUCCAAUCUUUGGGUCCCCAAGGUUGGCUGCAAGCACUGUGGACUUCCAUUCAUUGGAAAGAAGUCCAAGUACGAUCACCAAACUAGUUCUUCAUACAUGGAGGAUGGAGCCGAGUUCAAUAUCAUGUACGGUAGCGGAUCUGUGAAAGGUUACUUUUCUAAGGAUUCUGUCACUAUCGCGGAUGACAUUAUCAUUGAAGGACAACGAUUCGCCGAGAUCGAAGAUGCUGGUGGUCUUGGAAUUGCUUACUCCCUGGGCAAGUUUGAUGGAAUCCUUGGACUGGGUUUCACAUCCAUCAGCAUCGAUGGGGCUACCACUGUCUUUGAGAAUGCCCUCAAGCAAAACAAGCUAGCGCAACCCAUGUUUUCUUUCUACUUGGGAGACAAUGCUCCAGGAGAAUUGACUUUUGGAGGAUAUGAUUCUUCCAAGUUUGAAGGCGACCUCGAAUACGUAAAAUUGGAUGCUGCCACCUACUGGCAAAUCACCUUGGACAAGAUCGUGGCAGGAGAUUUCGAAAAGGAGAGCUCUGACAAGAUCACUGCCAUUGUCGAUUCUGGAACAAGUCUUUUGGCUGGACCCAAGGCCGAUGUCGCCAAGAUUGCCGCUGCUGCUGGUGCCACCGCUAAUAUUGUUGGCGAAUACACCAUUGACUGCAAGAAGAUUGAUGAUCUCCCUGACAUUGUCUUUACUAUUGGAGGCAUCGAAUACACCAUCCCAGGAAAGAAGGCUAUCAUCCAAGCUCAAGGCACUUGUUUGUUUGCCUUGAUGGGUAUUGACUUCCCCGCUCCUGGUCCUCAAUGGAUCUUGGGUGAUGUCUUCAUGAGAGAAUACUAUACCGUCUUUAACUACAACGACAAGACUAUUGGAUUCGCCAAGGCCAAGAAGGACUAA